GAUCGUCGCCUAUCAGCAUGUCCCAGCAGAUCGCACGCGCACAUACAAGUCAGUCAAACAGAGCAAAGCCCCGCGAAGGAUCCGACAGGAGAGUGCAGUUCAGAAGCGUGGUUGACAACCCAUUUCACGUGCAAUGGCCGUCUGUCCCCGCGAAUGUCCAAAAUGCAAUCCUAGCAUGUAUGCUAGACAUGCUAAGUGGACUCGCAGAUCACAAUCUCGCGCGCGAACAAUUGAGCAGGAAAAGGAGACGUUGUGGAUCUCGGAAUGCGCAUCCACCAAAGAGGGCGAAGGUGAACCACAGUGCGACAUCUGCCGAUCCGUCCGACCCUAUCGGAGCUCCCGUUACCCAUGCCAUGGAUGCAGGCACCGUCGACGCCGAAACCACACCGUCAAUACUGUCGUCUCUGACGAUAGGAAUCAACGAAGUGACAAAGCGCUUGGAGGGUCUCGUGAGGUCAUAUCGCCGUCCCAUCGAAAGUCGUCUGGAAGAAGGAAAACCGUCUGUUCCCGAUCCUCCAACAUCGGUCUUUCCCACUCGUCUUGUCAUCGCCUGUCGGUCGGACAGCGACCCACCGAUGUUGAUGGGCCAUAUCCCUAACCUGGUUGGAGCUUGCAAUUCAGCACGCAAGGUCAACGGCACGGAGUCAGGUCGAUCCGGAGGAACGUGGCUCGUUCCGAUGCCGAAAGGAACCGAAGAUACUCUUUCAGCAGCUAUGGGAUUGAGACGCGUAUCUAUCCUGCUGGUGGACAGUUCCGCCCCAAAUUUUUGCACGUUAGCGUCGCUGCUCGAGAAUGUGCCGCUCCCUGUUGCUCCCUGGUUGUCCGUCCCCACUACAGGAUCACCGUUGACAUUAGUUUCGACACAUAUCAAGCAACUACGGACCAGCGCACCGAAGGACCUGAAAGCGGCCAAGGAGAAACGGUCGAAGGAACGCGCUGCAGCGAAGGAGCGGCGUCGCUGCGCCCUUCCGAAACGGAUAGUCGUCUCUAGUAGCGGCUGAAAGAGCUC